UUCAACAAGUGAGAGCCAGCUUGAGCUGGAAGCAGCCCAAAGGGCAGAGGAUUCCCCCGUAGCGUUCCCCAUUCAGCCUUAAGACCUACCCAGGAGCCGCCAAGGCGCGGAGCACUAGGGCCACCUUAAGAGCUGAGCAAGGCUCUGGCCUCGCACCAAGCCCCGCCCCCUCCGGCUCCCGCCCCGCCCCUUUCUCCUCCGCUUCGCUUGGAAAGAGCUGGGGAGCCCCAGUCUGGCCGGAGUUGGCUGGAGCUGUUGCCAUGACAAGCAUUUUCUUCUGAAAGCUCUGCAGUUGAGACGGUCCGCAGCUGGGGGUGGGGAGGCGGGCACCAACUUCUUGGGGACCAUCCCUGCGAAGACAGCGAGGUCAGACAUCCGCCCAGCUCCGCGCACCCAUUUUCUUCCUGGAAGUUCCAUUCCCGUUGGAAGGGCCGGGGGAGGAGACCCUGCCCACUCCACGGCAGUAGCUGGAAAGGCGAGCGCAGAGCCGGCAUCUCUAGCUUGAUUUCACACUGGGGAGAGCAGUGGAUGGUCACCCCACCCUACCCGGUCCAUGGAAACCUGGAGGGAGAGUCCCCCUUGGAGACACCUGGAUCUUUGCUAGAAAGAGAGAGACCCAGUUGUCAUCGUUAUCCAGGGAGUCCUCCUCUUUCUUCUGCUGCUGCCCUACCAUCCCAGUUGCUGAUUGUUGCUGAGGCUGCCUCCAUGGCAACAUGCGCAUCCUGUUUAGACCUCCAAGUAAUCUGAGCUAGGAACCUACCCACCCUGGACAACUACUUUCAUCACCACCCAGAGGACACCAAUCAUCGUGAUACGAAGUCCGCCUUCUAUUAAGUUCCCCCAUCCUCUUCCUCCUCUCACUACUAGACUUCAUACAGAAGAAAGGAUCUAAGCUUGGUGUUGCCACUCUGAAGCUUAUUGCACAAGAUAUAGUCAAUUUAUUUCCUAACUGGGCCCCCAGAGAAGAAAGAAGUGGGAAGAAGUGGGAAAGGAGGGCAAGAGACACUGAUCAGUUGGAGGGAAACACCAUCUUCUCUGGUUGAGGCUGGUAACUGCAGGCAAAAUGACAAAUACAUCAGGACAUAGCUUGCCAGCCAACUCGACAGCCCAGAGCUAUGAAGGGGAGUUUGGCUGCACAUUAAUGGACCUGAGGAAGCUCAUGGAGUUUCGUUCUACUGAGGCAGUAGACCAGAUCAAUAUCCUCUAUGGAGAUGUACAAAAUAUCUGCAGUAGACUGAAAACCUCCCCUGUAGAAGGUCUAUCUGGAAACCCCACAGAUCUGGAGAAGCGUAGACUUGUUUUUGGACAGAAUGUGAUCCCUCCGAAAAAGCCCAAGACCUUCUUAGAAUUAGUGUGGGAAGCACUGCAGGAUGUCACGCUCAUCAUCCUGGAGAUCGCAGCAAUCAUCUCCCUGGUCCUGUCCUUCUAUCGCCCCCCUGGUGGAGACAAUGAAAUGUGUGGUCAUGUUGCAAGUAACCCAGAAGAGGGGGAAGCAGAAACCGGUUGGAUUGAGGGGGCGGCCAUCCUCGCCUCGGUGAUCAUUGUGGUAUUAGUGACAGCCUUCAACGACUGGAGCAAAGAGAAGCAGUUCCGGGGGUUGCAGAGCCGCAUUGAACUGGAGCAAAAAUUCUGCAUUAUCCGGAAUGGUCAGCUCAUCCAGCUCCCCGUGGCUGAGAUUGUGGUGGGAGAUAUUGCCCAGAUCAAGUACGGUGACCUGCUGCCGGCAGAUGGAAUCCUGAUCCAAGGGAAUGAUCUGAAAAUUGAUGAGAGCUCUCUGACAGGAGAAUCAGACCAUGUCAAGAAGUCCCUGGACAAAGACCCCAUGCUGCUGUCAGGAACCCAUGUGAUGGAAGGUUCCGGCCGAAUGGUAGUGACUGCUGUGGGGACCAACUCCCAGACAGGAAUCAUCUUUACCCUCUUAGGGGCCAGUGAGGAGGAGGAGGAGGAUAAGAAGAAGAAAGGUAAAAAACAAGGAGUCUCUGAAAAUCGCAACAAAGCAAAGACCCAGGAUGGAGUGGCCUUGGAAAUCCAGCCACUCAACAGCCAGGAGGGGACUGACUGUGAGGAAAAGGAGAAGAAAGUAACCAGGGUGCCCAAAAAGGAGAAGUCGGUGCUUCAGGGCAAGCUGACACGCCUGGCUGUGCAGAUCGGGAAGGCGGGUCUCAUCAUGUCUGCUCUCACAGUUGUCAUCCUGAUUCUAUACUUUGUGAUUGACAACUUCGCGAUACAGCGCAGAGCAUGGCUGCCCGAGUGUACUCCUGUCUACAUCCAGUACUUUGUCAAGUUCUUCAUCAUCGGCGUCACUGUACUGGUAGUAGCUGUGCCAGAGGGGCUGCCGCUGGCUGUCACCAUCUCACUGGCCUACUCUGUGAAGAAAAUGAUGAAAGACAAUAACCUGGUACGGCACUUGGAUGCUUGUGAGACAAUGGGCAACGCCACAGCCAUUUGCUCUGAUAAGACAGGCACGCUGACCAUGAACCGCAUGACAGUGGUACAAGCUUAUGUUGGGAAUACCCACUACCGCCAGAUCCCAAGCCCUGAUGUCUUCCCACCCAAUGUUCUGGACCUUAUUGUCAAUGGCAUUUCUAUCAACAGUGCUUAUACCUCUAAGAUUCUGCCUCCAGAAAAGGAGGGAGGCCUACCACGGCAGGUAGGCAACAAGACAGAGUGUGCCCUGCUAGGCUUUGUCACAGACCUGAAGCAGGAUUACCAGGCAGUGCGCAAUGAGGUGCCUGAGGAGAAGCUCUGCAAGGUGUACACCUUCAACUCAGUACGCAAGUCCAUGAGCACAAUCAUCAAGAAGCCCGAAGGCGGCUACCGAAUGUUCAGCAAGGGCGCUUCUGAGAUAAUAUUGCGCAAGUGUAAUCAAAUUCUGGAUAAGAAAGGAGAAAUAGUUCCAUUCAGAAGUAAAGACCGAGAAGAUAUGGUGCGCACUGUCAUUGAACCCAUGGCCAGUGAGGGACUCCGGACUAUCUGCAUAGCAUACCGGGAUUUCGAUGGCACAGAACCCUCAUGGGACAAUGAGAAUGAAGUCAUCACUGAGCUGAUCUGCAUUGCAGUGGUGGGCAUUGAGGAUCCUGUGCGCCCAGAGGUACCAGAUGCAAUUGCCAAAUGCAAACGAGCUGGCAUUACUGUCAGAAUGGUGACAGGUGAUAAUGUCAACACAGCACGGGCCAUUGCCACCAAAUGUGGCAUUCUGACACCUGGAGAUGACUUCUUGUGCUUAGAAGGCAAAGAGUUCAACAGGCUUAUCCGAAAUGAGAAGGGCGAGGUGGAACAAGAAAAAUUAGACAAGAUCUGGCCUAAGCUUCGGGUGCUGGCACGGUCUUCCCCCACGGAUAAACACACCCUGGUGAAAGGUAUCAUUGACAGCACUGUUGGAGACCAGCGCCAGGUAGUGGCUGUCACUGGUGAUGGAACAAAUGAUGGACCCGCUCUAAAGAAAGCAGACGUUGGUUUUGCCAUGGGUAUUGCAGGCACAGAUGUGGCAAAGGAGGCAUCGGACAUCAUCCUAACAGAUGACAACUUCACCAGCAUCGUGAAGGCAGUAAUGUGGGGGCGGAAUGUGUAUGACAGCAUUUCCAAGUUCCUGCAGUUCCAGCUCACUGUCAAUGUGGUGGCCGUUAUUGUGGCCUUCACUGGAGCCUGCAUCACUCAGGAUUCCCCACUGAAAGCGGUGCAGAUGUUGUGGGUUAAUCUGAUCAUGGACACUUUUGCUUCCCUGGCCCUGGCCACAGAGCCCCCUACGGAUUCUCUGUUGAAGCGUCGCCCUUAUGGCCGAAAUAAGCCUCUGAUCUCACGUACUAUGAUGAAGAACAUCUUGGGCCAUGCAGUGUAUCAGCUCACAGUAAUCUUUCUCCUCGUCUUUGCUGGUGAGAAACUGUUUGACAUUGAUAGUGGGAGGAAGGCACCGCUCCAUUCACCACCUACCCAACACUACACCAUUGUUUUCAACACCUUCGUGCUGAUGCAGCUCUUCAAUGAAAUCAACUCGCGGAAGAUCCAUGGAGAAAAGAAUGUCUUUUCAGGCAUCUACCACAAUGUCAUCUUCUGCUCUGUAGUUGUAGGCACGUUCAUCUGCCAGAUUUUCAUUGUGGAAUUCGGGGGUAAGCCCUUCAGUUGUACACAGCUCAGCCUGGCCCAGUGGUUGUGGUGUCUCUUCAUAGGGAUUGGAGAACUUCUGUGGGGCCAGGUCAUCUCUGCGAUACCUACCAAGUCUCUGAAGUUCUUGAAGGAGGCUGGGCAUGGCACUGCUAAGGAGGAGAUCAACAAAGAUGCUGAGGGAAUGGACGAAAUUGACCUCGCAGAGAUGGAGCUGCGCCGAGGCCAGAUUCUUUGGUUCCGUGGCCUGAACCGGAUCCAGACUCAGAUCGAAGUAAUUAACACAUUCCAGACUGGAGCCUCUUUUAAGGGAGUCCUAAAGCGACCGAGCGUGAGUCAACACCUUGAUGUAAAACUGGCUCCUAGCUCAUCCUAUAUCAGAGUGGUCAGAGUGUUCCAUAGUGUCCAUGAAGCCAUUCAUAAACCCAGGAACCAAAACUCCAUCCACAACUUCAUGACCCACCCUGAGUUCAACGCAGAUGAGAUGCCACAAGCUUCAUUUGUGGAGGAACAAGAGGAAGUCCCUGAAUCGGUUCCUAAGGUGGAGACUAAGAUGCUUGCGUUGGAUGGUGAGGCCGCUCCAAAUCCUAACAGAAACAACAACUCCGUGGAUUGCAACCAAGUGCAAAUUGUUACUUCCCAUUCCGACAACCCUCUACAAAGCCUGGAGACAUCAGUUUGAACUUUCAUUCUCUGACUCCUGUCCCUGCUUUCCCUAUGUCUUUUUUCAUCUGUCCCAUCCAUAAGGCGAUGAUUGGGACUUUUGAUUGCUAUGUCAGCUGCUCCCAAGUGUGUGAGAACCCCCUGCUUCACCAUGAAGAAACAAGAGCACAGACCUACAAGGAUUUCAACUUACACUUGAGUUGGGGUUUGUAGCAGGACCCAGUCAAAUCCUGGGCAGGUAAUGGUAGAAUCUACUCCAUAGGUGCAUCAGUUUUCAUUUUUUAAAGAAAUGAGACAAUCCUCCUGGCAUCACCCAACCCAGAAAUUUCCAGUGUUCCCACAUGUAUCGCCACCUCCUGACUUAGAGAUUUUAUCCUAUGAGUUUCUGCCAUUUACAGGCUAAGUUGUGGGCUCAGAGAAGAGACAAAUACCCAUCAAUACAAUGUGUUCCAAUAGAAUGAUUAUUCUUGGGACAGUUUUUCCCAUUUUGAAAAUUUACACCCUAAGGCCUCUAUCUCUUUCUGCCCUCAGUCUGACCACCCCAAGGUUCUUUUGGUCUUAUGUGACCCUUAUCUUUACUCUUUUUUUUUUUUUUAAAUAAAAGUUGUGAUAACUAAGAGAACCGAAAGGACAUGGGCAAGUUGAGCCAAUUUUGGCCCUUCUGGCCCCCAAAGAACUCUUAAUUUCAGUCUAGAGGAAUGCAGAUUUCUUUACUGAAAGGGUCUUUUUGGAGCAAAUAAGAGCUGGUGAGUAUGCUUCUCUACUGUGGCCUGGCCAGCUCCUACUUCUGAACUGCCAUCAGGUCAGGUGCCUAUGGAUUUUUACACACCAGGGAAAUCGGCCUUGACAGUGAAGCUUGUAUAUGUGUGGUGGUUUUUAUCCUAGGCCUGAGCUUCCUCCUGUUCCUCCUGUUCCUGACCCUGCCUCCUAGCUGGGCAAGGACUUUCAGAGCCAACAGCUGGCAGGCCUACGACAAGGCAAAUCAUGAAGCAUACUCUUAAGGGGGUGAGCACUGCUUCAAAGGCCUCUGCCAAGACUCUCACAGGACAGAAGCUGGUUGGUGAGGGAGUCGGUGUUGAAAAGCCUUGGGAGUGUCUGAAGAGCCAGUCAAUCCAGCAGGAUCUGAGAAACCUCCCUGCAGGCACCAGAAACCCUGAGCUAGGUACCUGGGUACUAGCUUUGACAUUUUCUUCACUUUCCUAAUUCUACACUUCCCUAAUUCUUUGUUGUGUCCCACAAUAUUUUCAGUCUCUGAGAAGGUCCCGGCAUUUUGCAAAUAUUCCGAUUUUGAAAAUACAUAUCUAGAGGAGGAGGCUCCCUGGCAGUGUGUUGAUUCAAGGAGCAGAAAGGCCCUCCCUGGAAAACGCCCCACCUUCUCUCUCCUUGCUUUGAUAGGCCCCAUCCAGCCUUCAGUGGUGUCUCCACUGCUGCCCAGGAAAGCCCGUGCCUUUUUUUGCCCUGAACACUGCCCAAAGCAUCCUCUGCCCACCUUCCACUCAGGAGUUGGGGACUUUGCCAAGAAACUUUUUUUUUUAAGUGUUCCUUACUGGGACAAAGUGGAGCCACAUUGGCAGGUGCUCCAUUUGUAUCCCUACUGUGCUGACCUAAGCUCUUCUGUGCAUUUGGAGCAUGCAUGUCCCCGGGUCCCAUCUCCCAUCAGAUCACUGAAGGCCACCUCCCCCUUUCUAGAGUGAAGGGAAUAAGAAGAGGAUGCGUGAGGCUCAUGAGAACUGCCAGAUUUCCAUUUGGGAGAGGAAGGUGCCUGGAGCCUGUCCACUCCCAGCCUUUUCUCCUCGAGAUCCUUCUCCCUCCUCGUUUUCACCCAAGCUGUCCAAGAUAGAGUGAGUGAAGAAACGGUCCCCGCUCUACAUCUAUUAGUGCAUAAUCCAUCAUUGUAGGAAGUAGAAAAACAGUUUUGAUUUGGGUUUUGUCAGAGUUAACACUUCAGCAAUCUUUUCUGGAUCUUAAAUACUUGUGGGGAAAAACAACUCACUCGAAGAGUAAGUUGUUCAAAUAGAUAUAUUUACAUUAGAAGAUUUAAUUCUGUCAACUCUUUUAUUACCUCAGAUCAUUUUUAAAGCAAGCCAAUAACAAGCUUCGAAGGCCAUUUUACCAUUCUUGCUCCCAAAAGACUCUCGUGGUGCCUGACAGGUUACUCCUGAGGGCUUACGUCUACUUUUUCAAAGUCAACCGGUUUUUUGUGUGUGUUCUAGUUUCCAUAAUAUGAGAAAAAAAUAUAGAAAUAUUAUGCAAAAAUAUAUAGUUUUCUUUAGCUCAGAACUGAUAUUUUUUGAGUCAGCCAAAUAUUUGUAUUUCAAAUACAGUGCCGUCAUGUAACACCGUGGAGGGGAGCGCACAACCAGCUGUUUGACAUGACAGGUGACUUAGUAUAUUUGUAAUGAUUUAAAAAUCAGCACACCAUAUUUCCUUUCUCCAAACAGCCAUCUUUAUACUUGGGGGGGGGGGGGGAAUUUGUUGGGUUCUGGGCUUUUUAAAAUAUAACUAUUGUUGAUAUGGAAUUGAAUAAGUUCAAGUGUUUCUGUGCAUAUGUUUUUAUAUGUAAGUUUUUUCCUAUUCAGUUUCAGUGAUCCAGCUGGCAGUGAGAGUGAAUAUGACAUAAGCUAACAACACUUUCCCCAAAAUGGUGCUUUGGAUUUGAAGAGUCUCAUGGGGAGAAGGAGAAAAUAUCCUAGAGCCCUUUUCUGAUAAGCCUGCAAAAACGGGUACUAAACUACAAGUAGUGAGGAAAACACCCGGAAACAGGCUUCCCAGCCACCAAAAAACAGACAUGGGCCCCCAUGGAGAUGGAGUGCCAGGUUAUUAGUGGCUUGGGAUGAGGGUCAGCUGGGCUCCUGUUUCCUGAGGAAUCCACUGGCAGAGCAGUACCAGUGACAGUCUUUCCUCACCUGCAGCAAUACUCCGAUUUGGGGUUUGAAUUUCUUUAUGGUUCUUUCACUGCCUGGUCCCCAUGGAGUUUCCUACUAGUGAGUUUUUGUAAGUGGAUCUGAGUUGUGCAUCCUUCUCUCCCCUAGAAAGGUUUUAUGUCAUACAGCAGGUGGAAGACAGCACUCCAAAUUGGAAAUAAAACAAUGGCUGCUUCUAGCUCUGGGUGACAGUGUUCAGAGCUAGGUCUUUCUCUGUCCUCUAAAGUAAUUCUCCCAUCCCAAAAGAUGUGAGAGAGACCAGUUAGAAUCCCUCUGGGCACUUGUGGAUUCCUCAGGGUUUGGAUUUCUUUUUCCCUUUGAGCUUCAGGGGAGAUUUGCACAGAUCAAUCUGAGUGAUUACCUCACUGCCGAAAACCCAGAGGGGCACAGCAAGCUCGAAUGUGCUGGAAGACCCCUUCUGUAUCCCUUCCUUUCUUUCCCAUUACCCUUGCCUUACAAUUAAAGCAACCUGUAAUACCAUCCCAGUCUGUACACUUGCUCACCUUCUGUGUCAAGGGAUCACUCAAUGGCACUGGUGGGGGUGGGCACUUACAAAUGCCUGCUAUUCUAAAGCCAUUCCAGCCUCUUCCUCAGAAUAAACCAGACCCCCUUCCAUUUAGCUCAGUGCCAGAACUUUGGCCUUCCCGGCUCUGCAGUUUUGCCUGCUGUCCCCAUUCCUCCUAACUGGGAGAGGCAAAGGGAGGUGAGCUCCCUGCCACCAAAUUGGCCUUUGGUUCGUGUUUUAUCCCCAUAUGUAUAUAUGCCAUAUGUGAAUAUGCCAUAUAUAUGUGCCAACAAAUCUGUCUAUAUCAUUCUUUUCAAAUCAGCAUGCAGAUAGGAAUUGUUCCUUCUCAGUAACUAGUAUAACAAGCACUGGUAUUUUUAUACAAAAAAAAAAAAAGAAAAAAACUGAAAUUGGACUUGUGAAUCUGCAUGACAAACAAAUGGUGAUAUCAAAGCAGUGUAUUUCCCUAUCGUGUGUUGCCAUAAUUUGCAAUUCAGCUUAACAGUGCACCCAAUCUGCAUUUGCAUUUUGAUAUUAUUUAAGCUUUAUGUAUAAUGUUUUGCAUGUAUUUAUCUGGUUCUUAGGGAGGAAAUGUUAUAAACUAGCACAUCUGAAAUUUAAAUGUGUUGUUCCACUGAGACAAGAAGAAAAGUUUUAAAAGAGGUAAUUUUUUGGAACCAAUAAAGCUUUUUGCUGAUGAGCAGAAACCAAUGCCACCAUGCACUGAGAAUAAAAACCCAUGCCCACUUGUAA